CAUGCUUCAGAAUCGAAUCCACCCGUGGCAGAGUGAACGUUAAAUCGGUUUUUCAUUUUCAAUGGCUGCAAUUUACUGUUAAUGUUUGAACAAACUGUAGUGUAUCACUUGAUAAUAAAUAAAAAAAAUUGUAACGGAACAAAGCUGUUCUUAAUUUUUAAAGAAUUCGAGGGACGUGAGAUUGCAAAGCAAAAGUGAUCAAAACGGAGUGAAACGUCAACAUUAUACGUUGUAAAAAACAGUUUUUAAAAGAUUGUUCCAAUUGUUAGUAACUCUGAGAAUCUGCAAGAAGUUCAAAGAAAAAAUAUCAUCGAGAAAUAUACUAAGAAGUAAAUUAACGAGGGCAUAUUGAAAGCGUCCUAAUAGAAAAGUUAAAUUCUAUGACAGGAUAACACUCCUCGCGUGCAGCAAAGAUGGCCGAGUUGAAGGAGCAACCAAUCAGGAGAGAGCACGAUUCGAUGGAUGAUUUUGAGCAUCUUGAACACGUCCAGGAUGGACAAUCAUCCCAUGUUGAAGGUCCUACCGAGAAAGUAGACAAAAGCACGAAGAACAGUUUCGAUAUGGAUCAAGAUAUGAUUAACUUUUCUUUGAAUCAGUCGUCAAACGAACCGGACGAUUCCAGGAAAGCGACAAUGUUGCUAUUAGAGUCAGAGAAAGGGAAACCGGUUGAAGAGAGUAAUUUUGAGGUUAGAUCGAAGGAACCGGAGCUCGACUUGUUGUCGGGCAAAAUAGAGGAUCAGUCGGAGAUUAUGAAGAUCGAGCCAGUAAAAAAAGAGGACGAUAAGCAAGAAAUUACGGAGAAAGAAGAAAUUAAGGAAACCAAAGUUCCGGAUCGCGCAUCAGAAGUCGCUUUAUCCACUGAGAAAAAACUAGAUAAUUCGUGGAACAUCGUUGAUAAAUCUACACCUGUUUCGGAGUCAAUCUCAAAAUCAGGGAGAAAAGAAGAAAGUGUAAGUGAAUAUGUGUUUACUGACGCAGAGAAAAAGGAACGGAUCAGUGCACCGGAAACUGGAGAAUCGGAAUUUGAGUCUGAAGUGGAAGCAUCGCCGGCAAAGAGUUUCAAAUCAAUGAAACAAGAAGUAAGAAGACAACCAGUGGAAGAAGUGGAAAUUGCUCCAAAAGAGAUUUUCAGUAGCAUGGGAAUUGACGCAUGGUUUAAUCCUGAUAGACUGAAUCCAAGAGUGGCAGCUCUAAUUUAUUGGCGUGAUCCAAAGAAAUCAGGCCCCGUGUUCGGGUGCAUACUCGGCGUGCUCCUCUCGCUGGCCUACUUCAGCCUGAUAAGUGUUCUUGCUUAUUUGUCUCUUCUCAUCCUCACAGGCACUAUUGCCUUCAGGAUUCACAACACCGUCCUUCAAGCUAUCCAGAAAACUUCCGAUGGGCAUCCUUUCCAGAACAUUUUGGAAAUGGACUUAACAUUGCCCGCGGAGAAGGUACACGAAGUAGCCGACGUGGCUGUUGCACACUUAAACGCAGCGGUCAGUGAACUUCGUAGGCUCUUCCUUGUCGAGGAUUUCGUCGAUUCCUUGAAAUUUGCUGUUCUUCUCUGGUGCCUCACCUAUGUGGGUUCUUGGUUCAAUGGCAUGACUCUUAUUAUAAUUGGAGUGGUUGCCUUAUUCACACUACCGAAGGUCUAUGAGACAAAUAAGGCACAAAUUGACCAGAAUCUAGCACUGGUGCAAAGCAAAAUCAACGAGCUCACUGCUAAAGUGAAAGCUGCGAUACCGUUUGGUAAGAAGGAGCCAAAGAAGGAAGAAUAAAUUUAAGAAUAUACCAUCACGCGGGGGCAAAAGAAACUUAAACGAAUUUGUCGGACAGUUACGAAAUCCAUGCAGGAACGGAACAAGAAUGAUUGCGUGACAGAAUCCAAAAGAUUACUGCAAAGAAGAAUAUGAAAUUAAAAAAAGAAAAUGUAUGAGGUUCGAAAAAAGAAUGAUGGGUGGAACAUAUUUAUUGAAGGAAGAAAGUAAACAACAAAGAAAAGAUGACAGUAGAUGUAACAGCAGAAAAAAUACGACGAAAAUAUAUAUGAAUAUUAAAAAUAACGAAAGCAAAAAAUACAGAAAAAUCAAGUUCUUAGCAUUGUACGGUUUAAAGUAACAGGAUAAUUUUUUUAAUUCUGAAUUUCCUAUGUACCAAGAAAUAAAAAAGAUUAAAAAAAAGUAGCAUCCAAUAGAAGCAUGGCUUGCAAAGAAACUGUAAUGGAAAUGCGUUGAAAAAAUAUAUAUAUAUAAAAAAAAGAAAGAAAAAUGAAUUUAGAUAAAAGGAGAAAUAUUUCCGAAAGGAUAGAAAUAUUUCCGAAAGCGGAAACGCGAAUAAAAAUCAUAAUGGAGAAAAAACUUCUCUUUAAAGAAAGAGACUAACGAGGAAAGUUCACAAAGUAACAAAAGGAAAAAAAUAACUUUUCUCAAUGCUUUGGAAGUUCGGUAGCUGGAUUUCAGUGUCCGACGAUGUCGUAACGCGAGUUUUCCUUUUCUGGAUCUAUACAAGCUGUCCCUGUUAAUCGAAAUAAACGGAAAGAAGUAACAUUUA